AUGGAUGAAAACAAGAGAUCGUCAGCUUGUCCGACUAAUGCAGAACUUCUACGUGCUGACAAGGAGCCUUUACGAGAAGCCGACUUAUCGUCGAAAGAUAUGGUCUGGGUUCCUCAUGACAAAGAAGGCUUCGUUGCAGCCGUUAAAAUUCAAGAACAAGGAGAUAAUUGUAUAGUACAACUCGUAGAGUCUGGGAAAAAGUGUACUUUUCCUAAGGAUAGUAUACAAAAAAUGAAUCCUGCAAAGUAUGACAAGAUUAAAGAUAUGGCAAACCUAUCGUUUAUGAACGAAGCAUCUGUCCUUCACAAUCUGAAGUCAAGAUACUACUCGGGAAUGAUAUAUACAUACUCCGGCCUAUUUUGUGUAGUUGUCAAUCCAUAUAAACGGUUACCUAUAUAUGAUGAAGAUAUUGUGGAGUGGUACAAAGGGAGAAAACGCCACGAGAGACCACCCCAUAUAUUUGCUAUCGCCGAUGCAGCCUAUCGUAGUAUGCUUCAAGAUCGUGAGGACCAGUCGAUUUUGUGCACAGGUGAAUCUGGAUCCGGAAAAACUGAAAAUACUAAAAAGGUUAUACAGUAUUUGGCGUCUGUGGCCACUUCUGCAAAACACCAGAAGAUUUCGGCUAAAAACGUGAUUUCAAAGAUGAACGCUAAAGAUGUCAAUAUUGGCGAACUUGAAGCACAACUUUUGAAGGCUAAUCCUAUUCUGGAAGCCUUUGGGAACGCGAAGACAAUAAAAAAUGACAAUUCUUCACGUUUUGGCAAAUUCAUACGCAUAAACUUCGAUACCUCCGGAUUCAUUGCUGGGGCUAAUAUUGAAACAUAUCUUUUAGAGAAAGCCCGUGUUAUUCGUCAAGCGCCAGAUGAACGUAGUUUCCACAUAUUUUAUCAACUUCUGGCCUCAGCUAACCCAACUAUGCAACAACAACUACUAUUAAACAAUGCUAGUUCAUACCGCUUCCUCUCAAAUGGCAUGAUUGAACUACCAGGGAUUGAUGAACAGCAAUUUUUCCGUGAGACAACUGAAGCUAUGGACAUAAUGGGCAUAAAUAGUGAAGAUCAAAAUGCUAUAUUCCGUGUAAUAUCAGCUGUACUUCAUUUGGGGAACUUUGAGUUCCGUCAAGAGAGAAAUUCUGACCAAGCAACUUUACCAGACCACUCAGUUGCUGAAAAGGUAUCUCACCUUCUGGGUAUUCCUUUAAAUGAAAUGACCAAAGCAUUUCUUAAACCCCGCAUCAAAGUUGGCAAAGAUUUGGUAUCAAAAGCACAGACGAAGACCCAGGUUGAAUUCGCUGUCGAGGCAAUUUCAAAAUCUAUAUACGAAAAGCUAUUCCUUUGGCUAGUCGCUAGAAUAAAUAAGACAUUGGAUAAAACUAGGCGACCAGGAGCGUCGUUUGUUGGAAUUCUUGACAUUGCAGGUUUUGAGAUUUUUCAAGUGAAUUCGUUUGAGCAAUUGUGUAUUAAUUAUACAAAUGAGAAACUUCAGCAACUUUUUAAUCACACUAUGUUCAUAUUGGAACAAGAUGAGUACACACGCGAAGGUAUUCCGUGGGAAUUCAUAGACUUUGGACUGGAUUUACAACCUACAAUUGAUUUGAUUGAACGUCCUAUGGGUAUCUUCGCUUUAUUGGAUGAAGAAUGCUUCUUCCCCAAGGCAACUGAUAAGUCAUUUGUCGAAAAACUUAUCAAAUCUCAGGAUAAGCAUCCUAAGCUGUGUAAAACAGAAUUUCGUUCCAAUGCUGAUUUUGGCGUUAUACACUAUGCUGGUCGAGUGGAUUAUAAUUCAAACCAAUGGUUAAUGAAAAACAUGGAUCCGCUUAAUGAUAAUGUUGUCGCUUUACUUCAAGCAUCAAAUGAUCCUUUCGUUCAGGCUAUGUGGAAAGAUGCAGAAAUUGUGAGCAUGUCUGCCACGACGACGAAUGACACUGCUUUCGGUUCUGCUCGUGGCGUCAGAAGAGGAAUGUUUCGCACUCCUGGUCGAAUUGAUGGUCCAUUAGUCCUAGAGCAACUUAGAUGCAAUGGCGUUUUGGAGGGGAUCAGAAUUUGUCGCCGAGGUUUUCCAUCACGUAUCCUCUUCCAAGAGUUUAGACAGAGAUACGAAAUUUUGACUCCUAACGUUAUUCCGAAGGGCUUUAUGGAUGGUCGUAAAGCUGUUAUUGAAAUGUUAAAGGCUCUUGAUUUAAGCCCUGAAGUUUAUUGUAUUGGCCAUAGUAAGAUAUUUUUCAAAGUUGGUGUUCUUGCUCAAUUGGAAGAGGAUCGUGACAUACACCUAACGAAUACUAUUAUUAAGUUCCAGGCAUAUGCUCGUGGCUAUCUAGCUCGACGUGCAAAAGAACAACGUUUACAGAAUAUCCAGGUCUGCAAAAUAAUCCAAAGAAAUUGUGAUGCCUACCUCAAAUUGAGGAACUGGGCCUGGUGGCGUUUAUUCACAAAAGUUAGACCACUUCUCACUGUGACACGCCAAGAGGACCUAGUUGCUGUAAAGGAAGAAGAGCUUAGAAAAAUUCGAGAACAAAUGGAAAAAGUUGUAAAUGAUCUAAGUGAAAUGCAAAGAGCAUAUGAAAAAAUGAGUAAUGAGAAGGCUCAGUUGAAUGCUGAACUACAACAAGAGCAUGAUUCUAACCAAAACUUGCAAGUGGAACGUGAUCGUCUACGAGAAAAAUUACAGUCUUUAGAAGAAGAUUAUAUAGAGCUAGAAAAUAAAGACAAUGAAGAGAAGUCGAGGCUACAAACUCUGGAAUCUGAACAAAAACGCCUUUUAGAACAAAUAACGGACUUAUCAGAUCAACUAGAACUUGAGGAACAGCAACGUCAAAAGUUGCAGGUUGAAAAGACUUCUAUUGAACAAAAGAUUUCUCAACUUAACGAUAGCUAUCUUAGCAUUGAAGAUAAAUAUAAUAAACUUUUAAAAGACAAAAAGCAGUGGACUGACAGAAUCGAACUUUUAAGCAGUCAGUUAGCAGAAGAAGAGGAACGUACUAAACAACUAACCAAACUUAAAAGUAAACACGAAAGUGGUCUUACUGAACUCCAGGAUAAACUUGCCCGUGAACAGAAAUCUCGUCAAGAUAUUGAGAUGGCUAAACGACGAUUGGAAACAGAAGCUUCUGAACGUUCUGACCAAGCUUCGGAAAGUUUACGGCUUGUUGAUGAACUUCGAGCAACAGUUGCUAAAUUAGAGGCGGAAGUUGCUCAGCUACAGAGCCGACUCGAUGAAGAGAUCGUUGCCAAGACUAUGCUACAGAAAAGAGUACGAGAAUGUGAAUCGCUAAUUCAAGAGCUCAAUGAAGACUUGGAAACCGAAAGAAAAGCGCGUGACAAGGCGGAUGAGGCUAAAAGAGACCUUACCGAAGAAGUUGAGGCUAUGCGGUUAGAGCUCAUUGAUAGUGGAACAAACAGUGAGGCACAAACACAAGCUCUGCGGAAGUAUGAAGCUGAUUUAUCUGGUCUUCGUCACCAACUAGAAGCUCAGUCCAAUGCUCAUGAAACUGCAAUUCAGGAGACGCGUAAAUCACAUGCUGCAGCUCUAGAAACACUAAAUGAACAGAUCGAACAACUGAAAAAGAGUAAAACGUCAUUGGAAAGAUCUAAACUUCAACAGGACUCAGCAACUGAGGAACUACAGAAACAAAUCCAAAGCCUUAGAUCAGACAAGGCAGAGAUGGACAAACGUCGACGUCAGGGUGAACAACAGCUGAAUGAAAGUUUGGUUAAAAUCCAAGAAUUAGAAAUGCAACGUGGUGAUUUAGAAUCCAGACUGAACAAGGCAUUGAAUGAAAUUGAAGGCUUAAAUAAUGCCAUGGAAGAAACAGAAACAAAACUAGGCAAGGUUGCACGUUCUGAGGCGUCUUCUCAAGCUGAACUAAGCCAUCUUCGUGCACGCCUAGAUGAAGAAACUCAGGCAAAAAUAAGUUUACAGUUGCAGUUGCGUCAAGUAGAAGAUGAACGGGAAUCAGUAAAAGAUUCAUUAGAUGCUGAGGAGCAAGCCAAAGUUGCUUUGGAAAAGCAUGUUCUAACCUUAACUACACAGAUGCAAGAUGCUAAGAAGAAAGUUGAAGAGGAUACACUUCAGCUAGAAUCACUUGAAGAUGCACGUAAAAAGCUUCAGCGAGAAUUGGAUGAUACACGUAAUCGUAAUGAAGAACUUGUCUCACAAGUUGAAAAGUUGGAGAAAUCGCGCAAGAAAUUACAAAGUGAACUCGAAGAUAUGAAUCAUGUGAUGGCCAGUCAACGAUCUGAUCAAGCUAACAAUGAACGCCGAAUUAAGAAGUUAGAGUCGAUACAUGCAGAAACAGUUAAUCAACUUAACAGUUUCCAAACACAAAAAGAAGCAUUCUAUCAAGAGAUGCUUGAGAAAGACACCAAACUGUUUACGCAAAAGAAUGAAAUUGAGAAACUUAAAGAACAACUGGAAGAAGCAGAGCGUCAGCGUUCAAUGUUGGCAAGAGAAUUAGAGGAACUUGGUUCUCAUGGAGAUGAUGCAGGUAAAAGUUUAGUCGGAUUAGAACAGACUAAUUAUCGUUUGAAUGAACGACUGAAAGAGGCACAACAGCAAAUAGACGAAUUAGAAGAUGAAAUCUCCACUUUUACAAUGGAAAAGCAACGAGCAGAGGUUCAAAUGAAUGCUGUUCGAACACAUUUGGAACGAGAACUAGCUUCUCGCGACGACUUGCUUGAGGAGCAAAGACGUCAGUCUCUUAAACGAAUUAGAGAACUGGAGACAGAAUUAGAAGAAGAACAGAGGGAACGUGCCAGUCACCUUAAUGUUCGCAAGAAGUUGGAAGCUGAUCUGGUAGAUAUUAACCAACGUCUUGAGUUGGCAAAUCGACAGAAAGAAGAGGCUGUCAAGCAGCUGAAAAAAUAUCAGAGUGUUAGUGGUGGUAUUCAGCGGGAACUUGAAGAUGCUGUGCGUGCUCGCGAUCAAGCCUUAGAAGCUUCACGAGAGUUGGACAAAAAGUAUCGCACCUUAGAUUCAGAAAAAGUCCGACUACAAGAAGACUUAAGUACAAGCGAAAGAAACUGCCGUACAUUAAAGAAUGAUGUAAGUGAAGCCUUGGAAGAACUGACCUCAGUGAAUUUAGCCAAAACGGCAGCACUGGAGGAAAAGAAGCGUCUAGAAGCUCGUAUCACUGCCCUAGAAGAUCAGUUAGAAGAGCUACAAAGUGCUAUGGAUUCUACUGAGGAACGUCAUAAGAAAGCAUUCAGUCAAAUGGAGCAAGUUCAAACAGACCUAACUAUUGAGAGAAAUAACCUCGCGCGUUCAGAGUCUCAAAGAAUCACACUUGAAAAACAGGUUAAGGAAUUGCGCGAGAAAUUAGUUGAAGCAGAGAAAGAAUGUGGACGUCGUGUGAAGGCUCAGUGUUCGUCCUUAGAAUCUCGCUUAGCGUCUCUAGAUGAACAGUUGGAAUCAGAAAAACUUGAAAAGUUGAAUGCUAGUAAAAACUUACGUCGAGCCGAGAAAAAGUACAAAGACCUCCUCUUACAGAAUGAAGAUUUGAAACGAUGCAAUGAAUCGUUGAAAGAAUCUUUCGAAAAAGCUCAAUCAAACUGUAAACGAAGUAAGCGCGAGUUAGAAGCUCUCGAAGAGGAGAAUACACGAGUAACUGCAAGAUAUCGUCGAAUGCAGCGAGACCUUGAAGAGGUGAUGGAAGCUAAGCGAAUUGUAGAGCGGGAUUUGCAAAACCUUCGUAAACUUAGCCGUUUGGUUCUUCGUAAUUUUUAUCGCUUCUUUUUGUCUCGUCGGCAAUAUUUUUUUGCCUAUAUAUUUUAUUUUUGUUAUAAUAUCAUUGUUAUCAUUAUUAUUGUCAGUAUCGCAUGAAGAUAUAAGCUGUAUAUUAGUGGCCAUGGCGUCUAUCGCGACCACGAGUAAUAAACCUACUUUCUAGGGGGUAUACACGCUUUCAUGGAUCAUUCAUUUGGCGUUGAAUUUUUCAUUACCUCCAACAGUUUGUAUAAAGUUAGAUAAAUAAAUAAUUUUCUGUUGUUUAACUCACCUUUAAAUGAACUCAUUGACUUGAGCACUCGGCUUAAGCUGAUAGGUCAUGAGUUCAAGUCAUACUCCAUCUACUUCAGUUUGGGCACCGACGCGGCACCGGCUUUUCAUCUGGUACAUGGAAAGACUGUUCUGUGUAAUUGAGUUGGAUCAUGUAAUAAUAAUAAUAACGUGGUGAUGUUUACUCAUCAUCAGAACUUCAUGUUGAAAGUGUUCUGUCUCCUUUGUUGUUCAUAUGUUUCAGUUUUUGGUAUGUCUGUGUAAUUUAUUUUGGGUGUUGAUAGCAUUUUAAAUACUCGAGCCAGUUGCAUGUUACAAGUUUUUUCUUUGAGUUCGCGUUUAUUUUCGUUUGCUUUAUUUGAUUUAAUGCUGUGUUGAGUUGAGUUGAGUUGAGUAGUAUCAUGAUGAGAUAGUAUCUUUUUUAAAGUGAUUUCUGUGUUCUUUUAUCUUUCAAUAGUAGUACUACGAGACCAAAUCGUCAGUUACCAUCAGUACUUUCUACGCGUACAGGUGAUGAUGGAACUCCGGAUGAAAACCACUCGAUGAAUGAGUUGGAUUCUGUAACCAGUGAUUUCGGCAGUAGUCCCGGUGGAGGUGGAGUUGGACCAGGUACUGUCAAUAAUAACAAUCACAACACAUCAACUGAUGAGAAUUAAAUAUUUACUCAAGAUGAUGAUAUAUGAACUUUUAUGCUAUAGCGUAACAAUAUCCUAAAGCCUUUUUUCAAUUGUUUUUUUCUUCUUCCUAAUAUCCUUAAUAAUAUAUGCAAAAAAUGGGGUUUACAUUAUUAAAUAGAAGAGAAAUUUCUUUGCACAUAUUAGUUAUGUAUUUACGGUUAGAAUAGGAUACCUCUCUUAUUGUGCUACUACUGUCAGUGUUUUACACAUGUCAACAUUGAAAAGACUUUUCACACUAUAAUUAUUAUAAAUUGCUGCUAUUUGAAGAUAUAUGUAUCUGUAUGAAAACUUAUUCACACAAUCAAAUCUAUGUUGAUUCGUGUCAACCAGACAAAUGCUGCUAUUAAUUAAUUGAUACGCAUACUUUACACUUGUCUACUACAAUAAUAAUAAUAUUAUAUAACGAAGCAUACAUUUCAUUCCGUUGCACUAAGAGGCGUGCUGAUUAAUUGUUGCACCUUAGUGUGUUUGCUAAUCUCCGGUUGUCAUUAUUAUUAUUUAUUAUUGCCGUUUUUUCGGUCAUUUUUUCCAUGUUUUUUUUUUAAUAAAAGUUUAGCUAUGUUGGUUUUUCAUAAAUACCAAAUACUUUUGAUUGAAUUUUUAGAAAGUAACUAAUUUUGUAUAAGUCACUUUGAUAUUCACCAACUUUUAGUACAUAUUAUAUAUGCAGCUAUUCUCAACCAAGUUCUUUCUAAGUAAUUACUCAGUUUAAUUAACUUAAUAUGAAAACAGCUUGUCCUAUGCAGAUGAAUACUUAUGUUCUUGCCUAUCUGUGUUUACACGUUUAUAUUUCCUCUGCCUUUUAUGCCUAAUUAAUAUGAUGUGUGUAACGCUUAUCUAUCCCCUGUCCCUCUGUCUGUCUCUAUCGUGCUAUUCUCUUUCGUCUUAUUAUUAACCGACAUUAACUUAUUGAACAAAUUGAGUAUAUUUCGACAUCCCCUAUCCUUCUACAUUCAUAUAUAUAUAUAUAUAUAUAUA